AUGAGCUCUACAAUUUGCAAAUCCGAUUUCCUACAACAAUUCGACAAAAUCGCCGCGCUCAAAAUCAAAUCCGAGCAAGAACUUCGCGGCGAAUUCAAGAAGAUCAAGGAGAUUUUGGCGAACGCGGGGGAGGAUUGGAAGAAGCGGAUAGAGGUUUUGAAGAGGGUUCAGGGAUUUGUGAAGGGUUCGGAGGAUUUUGGAGCGAGGAGGAGUGUGUUUUUGAACGCGUUGAGCCAGUUGAAUUAUACUUUGCCGGCGGCGGUAAGGGAUUUGAGGUCGCAAAUUGUGAAGGAAGCGGCAAUUACGACGAGGUAGGUCAAAUAGUUGUGCGGUGGAACCGCACUUCCGGUGACUGUAGUGGGCGUGGUCUGUACUCACAGCAAAAAAAAGUUUUUUUUUCCGUGUGGUACGGUUGACAACAGCCACAAUUUCACGUGAGAGAAAACGAGAGAGUAAAAAAGCGAAAGAGACGCGAGACGAAAAAGGGAUAAGGAAAACUCCGCGCAUUUUUUAAAAAUUUCCGUAGCUAUUUAGUGUUUGAAUAUUUUUAAUAACUUUUUCCACUAACUUCUAUAUUUCUAGUCUGAUCCUUCAAAAAUUCGGUGCAGAAAUGCAAACCCUUGCCGAAGACGUCCUUAUGGCUGCAAUGUCCCAAGUCCCAGUCACCACCAAAAUCAUGUCAACCUCAGCUAUGAUUCUCUCCGAAUUCGUCGUCGAAAAUUGUCAAACUCGACAAAUCUUCAACAUCUUGGCCACAUUUUCCAGCUCCAAGGAUAAAGUUCAGCGAAGGCAGUUGGCCUAUCUUCUCGGUGUGAUAUUGAGAACUUGGGCUAACUCGAAACCUGUUCCUCGAAGGCAGUUGUGCGAUUUGGUGAGGUUGGCGAUUUGCGACGCGGAUCCGGAGACAAGACAGAAUGGACGGAAAUGUUUUGCACUGUUGGGUGAGACACCAGAGGCUGAUGAGAUAUUUCGAGAUGUUGAUCGAAGUCAUCAGAAAUUAUUGAGGUUUGAGAAACCUUUUAAUUUUAAUUCCCUUGAAUUUCUUUGAAUUUCAGACCAGAUGAAGUUGUGAUGUCUCGAAGUGUUAGUGUAACUAGCGUCAAAUCCGAGACCUCCAAGCCUCGAAAGAAAUCCACAGAUCGAAUGUCGGUGUCUAGUACGACCCUCCGAUCGAUGACGCCAGUCUUGCACGCUUCGACAACAUCAAUUGUGAAUCAGAAACCAAUUCAGAUCUCUAAACGAAGAACCUCUUCGGUAGAAGCACCAAAAACCCUGCAAGACAUUCUGAAGCUCUGCCAGAAUUCUUCUGGAAAAGAUCGAGGAAUCGAACUUCUCGAUCAAUAUUUGGUAUCUCACGAGCUCUCUCGAAUCGAGAUCAAUAGCAUCGGAAGUGUUCUGAAUCGUCUUCUAGAUAGCAUUCAGAAUCCCACACUUUUCGAUAUUUUCACAUAUUUCAUCAUAAAAUAUCACCAAGUUCUACCAGCGGAUUGGCUGAAAUUAAUCCUCGGAAAUAUAUUUAUGAGAAAAAUCGGAGCAGAUUCGAGAAUUCUGCGGAAUCUCAAUUCUAGCAUUGAAGUUAUCAUUGAAACUUUUGAUGGCGAUUUUCAAUUGGGAAUUGUUUGCGAGAUGAUUUAUGAGCCCUUCAGGCCUAUGAUAGGAAAAGUGAGUGUGGAUUUUUCAUUUCAGAAAUCAGAAGACCACUGUUACAGGUCAAAAUCGUGCUUCUUUGCUAUUUCAAUGAUUUGGUGACUUCUCGCGGAGACUCGCUAAACCUACAAGCUCCCCAAGUUUUUCGAGCAAUCCAAAAACUUUCCGAAUGGAUGAAAAGCUCGCCAGAGCUUGAGAAACAUGUUCGCCGGAUUUUUGUGAUUCUCGAAGAGGAGCCCCAAGAAGCUAUAGAAAAUCCGAUAGACAUUCUGGUAUCUCAAAACUCUCUCGAAUCCCUGGCAACAUUGCUAGAUCUAAUAUCGAUCGGAAAUUUCGAGCCGGGUGAAAAAACAUACGCCAAGCUUUUGUUGAAUAUUUUCAAAACUAUUGAGAAUUCUGGAGCGGCGGAGGAGGAGAGAUUACUGGCUUUGAGGGUGUUGACAAAGCUGUGCACACUUCAAGCAUCAAAACUUUUCUAUUCUUCGGAGAUUGUGGUUUGUAAGGUUUUGGAUUUCGCCGCGGAUAGUUCGAAAGAAAGGAAUCAAGAUACCAUUGAUGAAUGCUUGAAAGGUUAGGCUUGAGAAAAUAAUUAAAUUAAAAAUUUAAAAAUUUAAAAAAAAUUUAGUGCUCGCCACCCAUCUCCCCCGCCAAAAAAUCCUCAACAUCACCAAAAUAUUCCUAAAAAACCGUGCCAACGUGGAUCGUGUGAACGCGGUAAUCCGAAUGAUUUCGAAAAUGGUCGAAGAUGUUCGAAUCGAUGAGAUCUCUCAAAUAAUGGAUGAGAUAAUGGGUAGUGUUGUGAGAGCGUACGGCUCAAAAUCAUCGUUGAUUCGACGGAAUGUGAUAUUUUGUAUUGUUACGAUGGUAAAUCGAACCGGUGAGGAUGUGAUGAAAGAAUAUUUGGAGAAACUUCCAAAGAGUAUGGUGAGUGAAGGAAUUCAGGUUAAUAUGUAUGAGCAAUAUUUUACAGCAAACUUUGAUACAAAUCUAUGUGAAUCGCACAAUCUCAGCGAGUUUGGGAAACUGCGGUCCGCCACCAAAAAAAUAA